AUGCCUGAGAUCACCUUGUAUCUUGCCAAUGGAGCCUGCUCCCUGGCAGCACAUCUCCUCUUAGAGGAAAUUGGCAUCCCCUACAAGACGGUCGUCAUGAAGAUGGGCCCCAGUGGCUGGAUUGCUGUUGACGGCAGCAUCGACACAGAUGAGUAUCGUCGUACAAUUCAUCACGCCGGCCAGGUCCCAGCCCUCAAAGUCGACAACGAAAUCAUAACCGAGAAUCCUGCCAUACUGAGCUUUAUUGCGACACUGAACCCGGAGAGAAAGCUGACUGGAAAGACGGCCUUGGAAAAUGCUCGCACUGCGGAAUGGUUGGCAUGGAUUUCCGGCACCCUACACGGAAACGCAUUUGGCCUGAUGUUCCGCCCUAGUCGUUUUUGCGAUAACGAAGCAGAGCAUGACAAGAUCAAACAGAAGGGCCGAGAGCGAGUUCUGGCUGCGUAUGGGAUCAUUGACAAGGCGCUGGAGAAGAAGGACUUCCCAGUCGGCGAGGCAGAGACUGUCGUUGAUUACUUCACGGUUCCUUUUUGGCAUUGGGGCGGUAGGGUUGGUCUUGAUUUGUCAUCUUUCCCCAACUAUACCAAGUUGGUCAAGAGAAUAGAGGCAAAGGAGUCAGCCAAGCGUGUUCUAGAAGAUGAGUCAGUGAAACCUGCACAGUAG